AUGGAAGGCAAUAGUCCACACGAUCGGCCUGGGAAAAAUUAUCUCUUCGUGGUAAAAAACGCCGAAAAUAUUCGGGGGCGGCGGGACAAGGAUGAAGCGUUCGCCAUCAAUUCACACGUCGCUACUCACAAAGAACGCGAGAAGCGACGAAGGGCGAAGGUGCUGAAGGAUGAAACUCUUUUCAACACUGGGGCACCUACCGGUCAAAGAAGUGGCAAUUCUUCAACGACUCCAGAUCCAGUGGAAAGCAAAGAAGCCGUGCUCCAUGGGGAUGACGAGGGCCAGGGCAGCCGGACGGCCCAUGUAUCGAAAUGGAGAGUAAGGUUAGUGGGAGGGAGACGGAGACUGGCAGAGAGCCAACUUCUUCCAUUGUCCGCCAAACGUUCUGCACAAUCCCCAGGGUCAUCAAGAUCUCCGAGGGCUGAACGUGGUUUUCCAACCCGUGCAAAUGAUGUCCAGCCACAGGAGACUUACAGACACUGCGAUGUUGAGCCCAAUCCACUCACAUUGCUCGGCAAUGGCAGCUCGGAUCCAUUUGCAGCUGCAGCUCUACCGAUCAAUGCACUCGACAACAAUCUGAUUCAAUUUUGGGAGCUUCGCUUCAUGCGGUCGCUGUGGCCAUCUGGUAUAAGCGCCGCAUCAUCGAAAGCAGCAAGAUCGGCGUGGGUGGAAGAGCUGCGGGAGGCAAUUGCAAGUCAGGUGCAGCUUCAUGCCAUGUUUGCAGGUGCCUCUAUCUAUGUCUCACGCAUAAUGCAUCAAUCACCGCUGAAGUCGAAGAUCCUGUCUACCGCGUUAAGACACAAGAUUGCUUGUCUUUCGUCGCUCCAAGGACUCGUCAAUGGACGCGCUCUAGGAAUCAACACACUAAAGGGGGCUUACUUGGCCGCCAUGAUGCACUUCUUCGCAGGAGAAUUCCCCGAGAGCCGUACACAUUCUGAAGCUGUUCGACUACUGGUCGCCGAAGGGGGUGGGCUAGGCCAACUUCCGUGGACGCUGGUGUUGCGCAUUGUUCUCAUGGACAACCUGAGCUCUCAUCUCUUUAUGCGACCGCCUAGUUUUGCCAUUUGGGAAUGGGAUCCGGGACCUUGGAACCAACAACCAUUUGCCAAUUCUCAGCGAGUCCUUGAUGUUGCUAGAGCACAGUCCAGGGAUAUGCCGCUUCUCAAAGGUGAAGCGAUCUUCCACAAGAGCCUCGAUUCUUCCCUCAGACACUACUUGGCAGGUCAUCGAGAGAUCCUCUUGAGCAGACAUAUUGCUCAGGCACUAAAUCCUAAUGAUGGAGGCGGCUGUGACACGAAUGCAUCCGACACUAAGACUGCUGAUGCAAUUCAGUCGUGGGUUCACGUGCGCCGUUAUGCCGUUUCAGCGUUUUGCAUGCUCAUGUACCACGACAUUGUGGACAGAUACUCUAGGUAUACCAACAUGUCCGCGCGCAGACGGCUCGAAUAUGAGCUCGAGAAAUCGCUUUGCCUUGCCUUCGAGUACUGCCAGAGAACGAUCUUCGUCUUCAGCUGGGAAAGAAUUGCAAUGUAUAUUCCAUUUCACCAUCUGCGGGCUGAACUGACCCUGGUGUUACAACAUCUCUCUGAGCUUGAGAGACUGGAAGAAUACGGAGAGGUGCUGCUCUACCUGUUCUUCGUAGGAGCCGUGGCUGAGGAACUUGGAGAUAGAUUUUUCACAGACGAAAGCAGGGACCGGGGCUUGUCGGAAGGUUGGUUUUCCCGGCACAUGGCUGCCCUGGGGGGGAAGAUUGGAGUUUUCGAGUUUGAAAAUUCCAAGCGCCUGUUCCAGCUGUUUCUCUAUGAUGCGCCUGUGCUCGACCCUGUGCUCGAAACGCUGCUUGCCAAGCGGGACAUAUUCCUCCGGGAUGCGCCAGAUUUACCGCUCUGA